AUGUCUGAACAACUUCUCCUCCCUGCACCUUUCAAGCGAAACCUGUCCCAGACAGAGAGCCUGGCACUCGUUCAAAUUUUUCUCAAUGUGUCUCUCGCGUGUAUUUCACAUACCAGAGAACUCAUCCCAUGGAUCUCUACUUGUUUCCAAACCCGAUAUAUUCACCAGAUAGAUCCAGCAAGUCUAACCAGCGACCACAGCCUGUAUUCUGCCUUCCAGACCAGUGACUCGGAGGGCGUCGGUCGUGGACAAGAGGUCAGAGUCCUCGCACGUGGAGGCCAUCGAAGUGCUGACCGAAUACUUGACCUCCUUGAGUACGGCGUAUUUGAAGCACUUCAACGCGGCUAUUUAGAUCGACUUCAGGUCUUCGUCACCAACAACACCGGAAGUGAUCUAACUAUCCUGGAAACCUACCAUUUCUGCUUUUCCUAUGACCACGGCCGUGUUCAUGGCAUCCAACUAAGUCCUCCAAACCACACUUUUGUGCUGGAAAAUUUCCAGAAGAGCUUCAAAGCUGCCAUAAGGGCUCUACUUCGUUCGCUCCAGGACUUGCCACGUCUCCCAGCCCGCCGGAAAUUGGGAAUGAGUCUCACGUACACCGAACACUGCCCAGUAAUUUACCAACCGCCGGGAUUUGUGGACAAAGGGGACCUCGAGGAGGGGGAAGCAAUAUGUGAAACGUUACGUGAAGAUGCGGGAGAGGCAGUUGGCACACUGGAGACCGGAUCUCAUCAUGUUAGGGUUGGCAUUUGUCUCCAUCGGCCGCAGAAUGCAGAAAUGUCGGUUGAUUGGCAGGACGCGGCCAUGAGCAGACAAUUGCAGGCAAUGCAAAAGACGUCUUCCGUCCAGAGCACAAUUUUACCCUCCACGAUGAGAGAUCCUGGCUCUAAAACGAAACGCCAAGCAGAGGCCUUGAUGCAGAGAAGCAAACGGCAGAAAACUGAUAAUGCUAAAACGGUCCUGGAUGAACACCAGGACAGAACGCACAAGAAGCCGGAACGCGGUAAAGGCCUUGCAAAAUCAACAGGGAACAAUAUUGAGGAAGACAAUAAAGGCAGACCAGGAGUUGAGCCUGUCACCUUGAAGCGAAGCUGGACGCCAAAGGAUGCUCCUCAACUUCUCAUUAGUAAAAAAGCCGAACUUCUUGUCCACUGCUAUGCCAUACAGUGCGGAGCUGACGGUGGCAGUGGAGAUGCCUUUGAUAAGGGACUUCUAGCUGAAGGGAUAAUCAAACGACAACGUCGAUCGAACCAGAUCAAGUGUGAGUGUGGAAGUCGGCACAGAUCUAAGCGGAUGCUCUUCUGUGAAGUCUGUGACUGUUGGCAGCAUAGAAUAUGCUAUGGCUAUGAUGAAAGUUCACCAAACGCGGCACCUAGCGAGCGAUAUUGUUACACCUGCCUGUUGUAUCCGGGAUAUGAGGAGACCGAAUAUAACCCUCCAUUCAUCAUUCUGAUGCGACGGGCAGUAAGAUAUUUGACUAGUCAAGGGAGGUCUGGACUUCGGAUGAAGAAAGAGUCUCUGCAGAAGAUGCUCGAACCUUGUCACUUGACUAAGCAGACCCUCGACAGGGUGUUGAGCCGUCUAGAAGCAGAAAGGAUCCUGCUAUCACAUGGUGAGGGACUUUGGGAAAUUCGAACUCUCGACCAAUCCGAAUUGAAGGAAGUCGAGGCGAAGUACAUCAGCGCGUUCGCGUUCAUUGGUCAUCUUUUUGAGUCUCGUCCGGACCUCGGUGACUCGACACAGCGCCGACACCGCAUCGCUUGUGCGACUGAGGCAUGCGCUCGAGGCCAGGACCUCACCACAGCCCAAGGAUGUGAAAAAGUCGUCACCUACAACCACUUUGGCGAACCUAUUGCCCGAUGGGUCUAUCUCAAACGCUCGAAUGGCUCUGUUACAACAAACAGGCCAUCGGAUGCACCGAUGAUAACCCCACAGCGUUGCCGAAAAGUCAGCAUCUCCCGAACGCUGAUUGACAUUGAUCGCUCACCUUCAGCCGCAGAUUUGAGCUCUGACAAGUGGUCAAGUCAGCAUGUUGGAGACGCAGCGUGCAACACUGAUUUCAGUACGGGUACUUCUACAGCCACGGCAGACUGA